AUGUCUCACUCCGAUCAACAACUUCAUGCCCCCGCCCAGUCCCUUCAUGCAAUUAAUUUUACUUUGCCUGAAUUCUGGCAACACGCUCCAGAACUUUACUUCAUCCGCAUAGAAUCAGCCUUUUAUUCUGCCAACGUUACCAAGGAGCUAGCAAAAUACCGCAAACUCGUGGAGGUCAUCCCCGCUAGUGUCAUCUCUCAAGUUCAGUCCUUGCUAGCUAAUCCUCCUGCAGAUGCUCCCUACUCCGCGUUAAAGGCAGAAAUCCUCCGACUUAAUUCUGUGUCUGACCGACAGAGGUAUCACCAGUUAAUUAAGGAGGAGUCACUGGGUGACCGGAAGCCCUCAGAGCUUCUACGUCGGAUGCGUUGUCUCCUUGGAGACAUGCAAGUUGAUGAUAAAUUUGUCAAGGAGAUGUUCCUGGAGCGCCUGCCCACAGAUGUUCAAACGAUCCUGGCGUCCGGCUCUCAGGAUCUCACAGUGUCACAGUUGGCUGAGAUGGCGGAUCGAAUGAUAGAGGUGCAACGAUUCCAGUCACCUUCCGUUGUCCAGAUCUCAUCCUCAUCGUCAGUGAAUGAGCAUUUACUAAAACAGGUUACGGCCAUGGCAGAUGAGAUGGCCUCUCUUAAAAUACAGCUCGCCCGCUCACUUCCAGUCGCUCAAGCAGUCGUCGUCGUUCUCGAUCGCGACCUCGGACUGCUAAUAUUUGCUGGUACCACACUAAUUUCGGCGUAAAGGCCCGUCGCUGCUCCUCACCUUGCUCUUUUAAGCCAAAACAGGGAAACCAGUCAGCCAGAGAAUAGAUGCGACCAUUUUCUCUAGCUCCUCCGGCUCUGGUCGCACCUUCUAUGUUUGCGACACUGCGACUCGCAGACGUUUUCUGGUGGACACUGGAGCUGAAAUCAGUGUUGUUCCCCCAAAUGCAGCUGAUCGUCGUUUCCCUAGUCCUGGUCUUCAUCUUCAAGCUGCUAACUGUUCCCCAAUUCCCACUUUUGGCAGUCUGUCCCUCGCCCUGAACAUUGGCCUUCGUCGGUCAUUUACUUGGAUCUUUGUGAUUGCUGAUGUCCCUCAUGCAAUCCUCGGCUCGGACUUCCUUGCCGAGUUCGAUCUCCUUGUUGACUGUCGACGUGCCCGUCUCCUCGACCGCACAACCGGUCUGUUCGUCCGUGGACUAACUCCAUUUACUGCCCCCACCAACUUAUCUGUCCUGGAUACAGAUAUUGCUAGUCCUUUUCGGCAACUGCUGCUUAGUCACCCCAACAUAAUUAACGCCCAGUUUCGCAGUGGUGAAGUUAAACAUGAUGUUGUGUACCAUAUCCGCACCUCAGGUCCUCCCGUGUUUGCUCGACCGAGACGACUAGCACCGGAGCGUUCUCAGGCCGCGAAGGUGGAGUUUGAACACAUGCUGCAACUGGGAAUAAUUCGACCGUCCGAGAGCCCUUGGGCGUCCCCACUGCACAUGGUGCCCAAGGCAACAUCAGGCGACUGACGGCCCUGUGGUGACUAUCGCGCCCUCAACAAUGCGACCAUCCCGGAUCGUUAUCCCGUCCCUCAUCUUCAAGAUUUUGCUGGAGCUCUUUUCGGCAAAUCGGUUUUCUCGAAGAUUGACCUUGUUCGGUCCUUCCAUCAGAUUCCUGUCGCUCCUGAGGAUGUUCCCAAAACUGCCGUCACCACACCAUUCGGCCUGUUCGAAUUUAUUCGCAUGCCAUUUGGUCUUCGCAAUGCUGCCCAAACAUUUCAGAGGUUCAUUGAUCGAGUCCUACGUGGUCUCCCGUUUGUGUACGCCUACAUCGAUGACCUCUUGGUGGCCAGUCGAAAUGCCGAGGAACACAAAGAGCAUCUUGCCUUAGUGUUUGACCGCCUCGAUCAGUUUGGCGUGGUCAUUAACCCUUCCAAGUGUGUUCUGGGUGUGCCGCCCCUUGAUUUUCUUGGUCACCAUAUCGAUGCACAAGGUUUGCGUCCCCUCUCUUCCAAGGUUGAGGCCAUUCGUGACUUUCCUCCACCAACCUCCAAGCGUCAGCUGCAACGUCUCCUUGGCAUGGUAAACUUUUAUCGCCGGUUCCUACCGGACUGUGCCGACCUUAUGCUGCCACUCACCGACUUGCUCUCUGGUCCCUAG